CAAAAGGUCACACAUUGUAUGAUUCCAUUUAUAUAAAAUAUCUGGAAUAGGUAAAUCCAUCCAGACAGAAAGCAGACUGGUGGCUGAGGGUGGGAAGGGAUAUGGAGUUAACUGCUUGAUGGGUGUAGGCUUUCCUUUAGGGAAUAUGAAAGUAUUUUGGAACUACAUAGAGGUGGUGGCACAACAUUCUGAAUGUAUUGAUGAAUUGUUCACUUUAAAAUGGCUAAUUUUAUGCUAUGUAGAUUUCACCUGAAAAAAUUUUUAUUGGUUUCUUGAACAUAAAAAGGAGUUGUACACUAACUCAAGUAGUGCUAAGAUCUGUAAGAUAUUCUAGUCUGCAAAAAAAACCUAGAAAUCCAGAAUCUUCUUUUGGGAAAAGGAGGGUCUCAUACUGCUCUAGUGUGGUACUCCUAGAAGUAGUGGAAGGAACUCAUGUCCUGAUAUUCAGCUCAGGAAGACCUCUAAGUGGGGCUGGCCCCUUUAAGACUCAGAGACUGUAAUCUGGUAGUUAAGGAGUCAUAAUCACAAGUUUCUUGGGUAAUUCUCCUUAGAAAUGUAGUUCUUACCUUCCAGGAUUAGAAGUACUGAGGAGCAGAGCCAAUCUUCUCUGUUUGGUGAUAGAUAUAUGUAGAUGGGUUUAUAUGACUUUGAGUUUAGUUUGUAAAAUCUAGAUGUCCCUGCCCUAGACAGGGGACAGUGAUAUUUAGUUUGGGUUCUUUUCUACCCUGUGGAGAACAGAGUUCAGUGAAAGGGAAGCAUUUCUUUGAAAUGUGGUUCUAUGUGUUCAGUCCUAUUUCCAAAACGCAGGAGGGAAUGGAAGGGAAAAUGUCCUGGCUCAAGAAUACCUGUAAAACUCAACUGCUGUUGUAAAUUCAUCUGCCGAAAACAGUGCCUGUAACCCGUGUGGAGAAACAACACUUUGGGUUUCUGUACAGAUUUUUCAUGAGUCCAGGAUUCAUGGGCAGCCAUGAUUAGGAAUCAUCAAACACUCACACUCUAGAGUGUGAAUUCAAGACAGGUGAAUUCCAAGUUCAGAAUUUGGGAGUAGAGAGUGGCUGAAGCCCACCAUCAUGAGUGCUUGUGACCUGGGCACACAUACCAUCAUACACACACCUCCUACAUAGACCCCUCUUCUACCAGGACAGGGAGCCAAACUGAUUAGUAUCUAUCACUGCAGGAAAUAGUGGCUUGGAAAUGGACAUGCUCCAGGACCUUGAGUCCCUGCAGUUUGAGUAUGGGGUUCCAGAGGAAGAUCGUAUCUGGCUGUAUUUGCAGGGCCGUUCUCGGGGACUGAUGAUAGAAGCUUGUGCCCAUGCAACCUUCUUCUGCAAACUAUUAUAUAAUUUGAGAGCAUCAUUAAAUGAGAAUCAAAGUUCCAGACAUCUCUCAAUUGACUCCCUUAAUUCAGCCAGUCCUGAAGAGUUUAAGGUGGGCAUCAUUGGAGGUGGCCACCUUGGGAAGCAGCUGGCUGGCACACUGCUGCAGCUCGUCCCCGUCCCUGCUGAAAGCCUGCGGAUCUCCACUCGGAGGCCAGAGGCUCUGGGUGAGCAGCGGUGUGUGGGAGAAAGGGGGCUUGGUUGUGCUGUGUAG